UCCAAACCGCAAUUCACGCUCAGAAAUCAGAUUUAAAAGUGCUUCUCAACCACAACACUCCCUUGUUCUCAUCCCCACACUCUUUAUACCACGUGUCCGCUUCUUAUUCGUUGGAAAAUCAAAGUCUACAAAGUCUAAAGACCACCACCUUACCUCUCUCCCUUUCAACCAAUUAUGAGAAAACACGUGGACGGUCUCACCAAUACGUCACCCUUCCCAAUCUCCAAAAACACUCAAAAGAGAAAAGCUCAGAAGCUCUCUGCUUUCUCUCUCUCAGAAAUCCGGGAAAAAGCUCUCACUCAGCUCACUUUUUACUCACCGAGUGGACCCGACUCUGUUCUGUGACUCUUUACCGACUGAGUCGUGACUCGGUCCCCUCCUCCAAACACCAUCAUCACACUCCCAUCAUCCUCGGUAUCACAUAAAAAAUCUCGAACCCUUUUUCCCCAUCAUGGGUUUGUCGAAAGAGUCCAAUCCAGAAUCCUUAUUAAGCCCCUUCACCUGUGAGAACGCUUCGUUAAGCUCUGGUUUUCUCAAAUGGCGGAAGCGAUGCUGGACUCGCCCUCCGAAGCUGUUCCGGGCACGCCUGGUAUCAGGGAAAUAAGGGCUGAGACGGGUUCGGAUCCAGUCCAUUUCGGUCCGAAUUCGGGUCGGGGUAAUGGACCCGGCGAAAGCACCCCCAGUCCCCCAGGUCCGGGGAUUAGGAAAGUGAGUUUGAGAGCCGAAAUUGAUACUUCCCCUCCAUUCGGGUCGGUCAAGGAGGCCGUGAAUCGUUUUGGUGGCCAUGGACCUUGGAUUCCACUCUACAAACUCGGCGAAAACUAUAAUGAUAAUGAGGAAUUUGACAUAAAGAAAGUGGAGGAACAGGCAGCAGAGUUGGAGAAGGAUCUGAUUGUGAAAGAACUAGAGACACUUGACGUUCUGGAAGAACUAGGAACAACAAAAAGAAUUGUGGAAGAAUUGAAGCGUCAGCUGCAGAAAGAAGCACUGAAAUGCUUGACAGUCCCAACAGAUUUCCAUUCUGAUGAACAUAUGCCACCUCUUGCUAUCAAGGAAAUGAAUAAGGAAAAUUAUAGGAGUCAAGUUAACAAGCAUGAGCAAAUGAUGGGGAAUUCAAGCCCUUGUCCUACAUCUCCAGAUUUGAUCUUGAUGGAGUUGAAGCGAGCAAAACUGAACCUUGGUAAAACUAUAAAUGAUCUUGGGGUGAUUCAAAAUUCUGUUGAAUCUCUAAAUAAGAAAUUGAAAAAAGAGAAAAACUUAAUUGAAAAAACCCGAGAGAGGCUAACAUCAAAGUUUGCAGGGGUGUUAUCUCUGGAGGAGGAGCUGGAAAAUUUGAGGGUGAAGACACCAAUAGCUGAGGAUGCAGAAGCUAACAUCAGUUUCGAGACUAAAAGCAAUUCAAGAGAAAGUCAGCGAGUCAUAAAAAUGGAUGAAGCUGCAAAAUCUGAAGUGCAAAGAGCAAUGCCAAAUAAUGAACUGUCCAGUACCAGCUUUAAGACUGCUGAAAUGAGGUGGGUUGCAGCCAAAAAGAUGGAAGAAGCAGCUAAAGCAGUAGAAGCUGUUGCUCUUGCUGAAAUCAAGGCUCUAAAGAAUAACGAAAUCUCAACAGGGUUUCCCCUGCCAGAGCCUGAGAAGAUGAGUUUCAAUUUCAGGCUGCAAUCUCCUCUGUACUCAAAAGCACACGAAACUACAGGAUGGUCUAACAAGAAGUUAGUAGAUGCCAUGCUCCAAAUUGACGAAGCUCAUACUUCAAAAGUGGCUAUAUUGAAAAAGCUAAAGGAUGCAACAGAAGAAGUUAAAUGCAGUAAACAAGCCUUAGAGGAGGCUUUGAACAGAAUAGAACUUGCAAAUAGAAAGCAACUUGCUGCUGAAGAAGCUCUCCAUAGAUGGAUACCUGAGCAUGAUAAGAUUGGACAGUCAAACUAUAACCCUCCAAACCUAAACAUUUUCCACACAUCUGAACACCAUCACAAGGAUUCUCCAAUGAACAAUGUGAACAGGUCACCGUUAGUAGAUAGCAGUUCUAAGCCUGUUCUAAGACCAACAGUUUCAAUGAGAGAUGUGCUAAGCAGGAAGCAAGUUCUGCAUGAUGAUUAUGGUGGGAGGAAGGAAAUGGGUGGUCACCCUGAAACCCACAAAGUGGCUUUAAGUGAAAUGCUUAAUGCACUGAGAGAGGAUUUGACAUUUCCUCCGAAAGCUGAGAAAGAAGUAAGUGAUCAAAAGCAAUAUUUAACACACAGGAAGAAGUUUGGGUUCAUCCAGAUAUCUCUUCCUUUGUCAAGGCCAAGUAAGAAAAAGAUGCAAUCUCUAAAUGCAAUCUGAAUUCUAGCAGCGUAUUUUGAUCAGCUGUCCCUUGGCUUGGCUGGGGUACCUACAAUUUAUUUCUCUUAUCCUUUGGUGUUUGAAUAAUGCUUCUGGUAAUGUUAGUUUAGUAAAUAUGUUGUUUUAGUGUUCAUCCAUUAUAGUGUAAAGAUCAUUUGUGAUUGAUUUGUUUGUUCUGUGUUGUGCAAUGAAGGCUUAAAAGGGUGCUGCUGUGUAUUUUGCUUAAUCGGAUGUAUUGGAGUGUUUAAGUGUUUUUUUUUUUUUUUUUUGUUUACUAAGACCUUGACAAGAAUGAAUUAUAAAUGAUAUAAUAGCCAUUCAAUA